CCCUUCCACACCCUCCACGCAGUGCAUUCGAAGAUGGCACAUAAUGUUGCUAGAGAACCAGGAACGCGCCCGAAUUCCUUCUUUUAUCAUAUUGAAAACGGGUUUUACUUUCAUGAAAGUGAUCGCCGGGAAGGGACAAUUUAUUAUAAAUGUGUCCGUGCUGCGCGAGGUUGUUACGGGCGAGCUUCCUACGACCCGAUGACAGGCUUCGUCCUUACUGGCAUUCACAAUCAUGAAGCUGACCCUCAUUAUGCGGACGAGAUGGCCUUGAGACGCAAUAUUUUGCAGAGAUGUGAAAAUUUGGACUACGUUCCCUUCACACGAAUUAUAUUGGAAGAGAGUCGCGGUUUUCAUCCAGAAGUAGCAGCCAGAGUCACCUAUGCACGCAUGAGGACCCCCAUGAGACAAGCUCGCAUGCGAAGGUAUCCUCAUCACCCUAACAAUCUGCGUGAGCUAACAGCACUACUGCAAGAUAAUCAGCACCGUGUUCUUACAUUAUCACAUGAUGGUAAUGACAACAUCUACGGUGGUUCAGUAGAUGAUGCUGAUGGAGAGCAUCACAUUCUGUUUGUCUCCAAUAGGAUGUUACAGCAAUUGAAGACAUUUCAUGUUCUCCAUGCAGAUGGAACUUUUGAUUCAGUGCCAGUCAAUAGGAACUUUGCAGCUCAGGUUUGGUGCAUUCUUGGUGUUUGGGACAACACAAUUAUACCAUUGGCAUGGGCCCUCAUGUCCAGAAAGACUGAAAAUGCUUACAUAGCUGUGUUGCACCUUCUGCUUAAUUUGAUGGAUCAGGAAUUUGACCUUCAGCGUGUCAUUACUGAUUUCGAAGAUGCAGAGCAGAAUGCAUGGCACAUUGUGUUUGGAGUCCACACUCAGGGCUGUCACUGGCACCUUGGCCGAGAUCAUAUGCAGCAACUGGCUGAGCUUGAUAUGCUCAGAUAUGUGAGAGACAUCGGGGAAGUCAGGCAAAUAGUUAGGGAGUGCAUUUGCCUCGCAUUGUUGCCUCGACGACGGAUUGUGCCAGGGUACCUCAUACUUCUGAGGAGAGCAAGGCAGGAAGGGCCUUACAUUUUCAGGAUAGUGAGGCCAUAUCUGGUUUAUGUCUGGAACUCUUGGAUCAGGCGAGAAGUACGCAGGAAUCGAAUGUGUGUCUUUGGUUCAGAGCAGAGGACCAACAAUGCUGCAGAGUCUGGGAACAAAAGUCUGAAUGAUGAAGUUGGGAAUCAUGCUAUGGUCUUCAAUUUCCUAGAGGGACUUGUUCGAUUAGAGCAGAGAUCCAACAACAACAUUCUAGGAUUAGAUAGGGGCCUAAGAGUCAAUCGUGGAAGAAAGCUGAGCAGCAUUUUCCAAGACCAGCGGAUCGCACGAUUGGGUAACCAACUGUUACGACCUCAUGGAAACAUUAAUGCAGCUAUUGCUAGGUUCCUGAGGGAAGCCUCUCAUCUGGUUGACAACAUUAUCGAAGACUUCCUACAGAGACAUCCACGAAGGCAGCAGUAGGUGACAUUUUGAACAUGUUUCUGUUGUAGCAAUUUCUUUUAACUGACUUAGGUUUUCUGAAUUUUUAUGCCUUUGAUUUGUUUCACAUAACACUAUAACUAUUAUGUUUGCUUCUCUGUACAACAGAGAUUGUAAGAAAGUAUAGUUUUUUAACCACUAGCAUCCAAUGUCGUCCAUGUGAGGCUUCAAGCCAGAUUAUUUUUACAUGCAUGGAGUUAGUGCUGGCUGCAGAUUGAGAAUUAAGAAUGAUUGAGAAUUAAAA